UUCGAUGUAUUCCAAGUAAAUAAACAAAAAAAAAAACCCGCAAAAAUGAUGGAAAUAUCGCAAAACGUGGAUAUGCAAGAGCUAGCAACGGAAACUGAUUUAAUGAGAAGCAUAGCUGAGGAGAUUGACCAUGAGGUUAAUAACCUAACACCUACAGAUAUUACAAAUGUUGGAAAGUCAACAGAUAAAAAGGAAAUACUUAAUUGCUUGGACGCAGAGGAUGCGGACUUGGAGAGCACAUCUAUUGAUGAUAGUAUAACAAAAGAACUUGCAGAAAAGUCGGAUACUCCCGUAGUUAGAGAACGUGAUGUAGGCUCAGAUCUAGAUGCUCUGCUAGACAAAAUUAAUAAUUGUGAGGAGCCUGCAGAGCGUGAGCCAAGUAUCGAUAGUAAGGAUGGCAACAAUACAGAACUCGAUAAUAAGGAAGAGGAAGCAUUGGAUACAGAAAAUAAGGAACGAACAAAUGUUGAAGCUACUGCUGAAGAUUCUGAAAAUACAGAUAAGGCAGACGAUGCAAUUGCUAUCGAUACACCCAAAGAUGAUAUGGAUGUGGCAGCUGACAAGGUGAUAGCUGAGGUUUCUGAAGAAAGCGAGGCUAAUGCCAAAGAAAGUGAGGCUAUUGCCGAAGAAAGUGAGGCUAAUGCUGAAUCAAGUGUCAAUGAAGAGGCAAUCAAGUUAAAUAUCUCGCAUGAUGAUGAAUUUUUAGAUGCAUUAGAAACUAUCUCGAGUACGGAUGAAUUUGACACUGAAAAGCCCGAGGAGAAAGAAAAUUUGAAAGAAAACGGGCUCGAAGAAAUUACCUCUGAUGAAAGCAGUGAUAUGUUUAAUGGCAAUAAAGCGAACAAGGAUAAAACCGAAUUGCCAUUUAUAAAUCUUGACUCAUCCGAUGAAUGUUUGCCAACAAAAGAUUCAACAGAAGAUGCCAAUAACGAUGCGGUGCAGGAGAAUACUAAAGAAAAGGAAGCCAAAAAUAUAUCGGAAAUUGAAGUCGAAGAUACGUCAAUAAAAAAGAAAUCGAUUGAAGCUGAACAAGAAAAAACAGAUAAAGAUAAAAUGGAUAAUUUGUUAAAGGACAUAGAGGCAAAUAUAAGUGAAUGCACCAACAAAGAUGAGAAGACAAUAAAAGACAAAGUUGUUGAGGAGGAGCUAACAAAGGUUAAAACAAAUGGCAACUUGGAUAAAGAAGUUGACGAAAGUUUAGACAAGUGUGAGAAUGCUAAGGAGCCAAGUAAAAUUGAUACAAAGUCUGCCGAUUCAGAUGAUGAUGAUGAAGUCAUAUUUUUUGAGCCCAUUGAAAAAACUACAGAACCAAAAGAAACUCAAGCUGUCGCUAAAAAGGAGGAAGAAGCUGUGGAGGAAACGAAAACGAGUGAGAAAAAAAUUGAUGAAGUAGUGCUGCUGUCCGAGGAUGAGGACGAGCUACCUGGGCCAAAAACAAGUGCGGAGAAGCCAAGUAAGAGCGCUGAAAAGCCAACAGAAUCAGCAACAAAGGAGGCAACGUUAAAUACGGACACAGAUUUUAUAACCAACAAUUCGGACAAUGCCUGUGAUCAGUUUGAAAAGGUAAAGUCACAGCCAAAGCGAAAAAACAGCAACAACGAGGACGCAGAUAGCAGUUCCAGCAACUUGUUGCAAGCCUCACAAAAAAGUCGAGAAGCAACUGCAGUUGAAGCUGUUGUUGCUGCAGCCGAUGUCGUCGCAACUAUUGAUGACGAAGUGCAGCUUGUGCCCGAUGAGGAUGAGCCGAGCUGCGACCUACAGGCAGCCAAACGCAUGCGUUUAAGCACCGAGGACAAAGCGGAAGCGAACAAUAGUUCCACCUGCGACACAGCUAACACUAAAGAUGAAGAGCCAGCGGCGCUGCCCAAGCGCAGUCACAGUGAGCUGACGACCCAAGAGGAGAUACCUAGCAAAAAGCUGAAGACAGUGGACAACGAUUCGAAUAGCUCCAAUGAUGGCGCACUGCAAAUAGAUCUCGAUGAACACGAUAAUACGCAGGAUAAAGUAAAAAGUGAAGAAGCUGAAAUGGAGCCUAAAUUGGAGCUGAAGCCAACGCCACCGCAACUGGAAAGUAAAUCGAAGCCGGUGGCGAUGCACUUUGUCAAAAACUUUCGCAAGAGCUUCAGUAAAAUGUCGCGUAUGGAUUUGGAGGAGCUGGUGCUGCAAAAGGUGGUCGAGGGUAUGUUAGUUCAGAGCGAGUUUGCUGAACUACGGCGCCAGUUGGAUAAGUAUGAGAUAACGUUAUCCAAUUAUCGACGCAAGAUUACUGAAGUUUCCAAGCAGUUUCUGGACUUGGAAACUGUGCACAUACGUGUGCUCAAAGAUUUGGCCACCAAGAAUGCGCACUUUACAGCGCCGGUGCGCAUAACACGCGCCGUUGGACUGCAGGUGGGCAUGGCGCAAAUGAAGCGGCCCAGCGAUGAGGCGCGUGCUCAAGCUGCUGGCCAAAUGCAGGCGCCAGCGACUAACACAGUACCAGCAGCAACAACAACAGCCGCAUCGUCGUCAACGUCAUCACCAUCAUCAUCAUCGACGACGUCGUCGUCACCGCAACGUGCGGGCAGCUCCCCUAUGAUGCGUACACCAACAGUGCGCGGCUGGCCCAACCGCCCACAGCCGCUGCCAACGCAUGUACAACAACAACAACAGCAACAGUUGCAGGCGCGCAAUGCGCAGAGCAACAACACGCCGCCUGUGCGUCGUGGCUGCAUGCAAAAGAUCACGCCGCAGCGUCCGGUGAACAACAACAACAGUCUGAACACGCAGAGUUCGCAAAUGCAACGGGCUCAAGUCUCGCCAAAUGCGGGAGCGCAACGUCCGGUCUAUGCUAGCAAACACACGGGCAACUUCUUGCCCGCCACUGCAGCAGCAACUGCUGCAGCAGCGGCGGCAGCAGCAGCCGCUGCAGCACGCGCACGUGGCAAGGCCUUACCCAAAGACUACAAACACGCCCAAGGCACCUACAUAAACAUGAAGAACCAACAGCAACAUCAGCAAUCGCCCUUGCAGCGUACUGGUCGCAGUCCUGCCAAGCAGAGCCUUCCUUUAAAUGCCAAGGAGCGUGCCAUUGGCGGCGCCACCGUUCAAAUGCCUAUGAACAGAGCUACAGCCUCGGAAAGCAGCGCCUAUGUAUCGCCUAGCUUAGCGCCCGCGCGUCCAAAGGAGAAAGCCGUCAUAGAUCUAACCGACGAGGAUGAUGCAGCGGCGGCGGCGGCUGCUGCUGCAACAGCUGCGGCCACAGCGGAAGCGGCUGCACGUCUGCGUCAAAAUUCCAACGUCACAAUCAAGCGCAGCGGACAGCAAACGUCCACGCCACAAGCUGCAGUGCGUCCCGUUGCGGGCAGCGUUGUGCGUGUCUCGCCCAUGAAUAUAUCGCGCAACAAUGCAGUAUCCAGGCAAAUAGUAGACAGCAAUGGCACAGCACAACGCUCCACGCCCUCGGCAGAGAAUACGCCGCCCUCGCGUCUACGCUACUCGCAUCCCGCACCUUUGCCGCUGGCGCCACAGCAGCGUUUCCAUCCGGACUGGAAGCUGCCGCCAUCGCGACCCGUCAUACGCAUCAGUCUGCAUGAUUCCGGCAUUGUCAUCUCAUGGACACUGGAGGAUACGGGCAAGCGCUUUGCCGAGUGUGUAACCUAUCAAAUCUAUGCGUAUCAGGAGACGCAAAGUGAGCCCAGCACCGACUCGUGGCGUCAUGUGGGCGAUGUCAGAGCCAUGCUGCUGCCCAUGGCAGUUACGCUAAAUCAGUUCCAGGAGAAUCAACGCUAUUUCUUUGCUGUGCGUGGCGUGGACGCGCAUAAUCGUUACGGCGUGUUUAGUUUGCCCAGAACGUGGUAAAUGUUAACAUUUGUCUAUUUAGUUGUUAGUUCUUGUUUGAGUUCUGUUUUGUUUUUAAGCAUAAAGUUAAAGCAUCACAGACGUUUAUACAUUUUUAUGCGUUCCUUAAGUUAGUUAGUUUGCGUUUAAGUUAGUCUUAAGUCUAAACAGUGACGAGUCGUUUAAAUUACUCAAGGCAGCGUGUGCAAGAAGCGCCAAUACAAAUUUUUAAUUUAUAAUUUAAUAUGCAUAGCCUAGCUUAUAAUUAUAACAGUAUGAAUAUGAGUACAGCUUAAUGG